GGGUCUCUUGCUGGCUCUGUCAUCAGUCCUUGGUUGGGGAAAACGGUUUUGCUUUCAUGCUCUGUGUUUGGGAGGCAGAUAAAAUGCCAGGUCUGGGUUGCCUCUAGGGAUAACCUUCCCUCCUAUGAUGUGAAUGGAUAGCAUCUUGGCUGGGGGGAAAUCCACAGGAAAAAAUUGAAAAGGCAGGCUGAGUGGCUCUGUCUAGGCCUUUCCCUGCAUUUUAAAUCCUAGCUGUGGCUUUUGUAGGGAUUUCACUUUUGCCUUGAGAAGGGGUUCUUUGGAUUAUCAGAUCUCCAUGUAUGACAAUUUGUACCUGCAUGGAUUUGAAGACUCUGAAGCGGGAUCAGCAGAUUCAUACACAAGUAGACCAUCGGAUUCUGAUGUCUCUCUGGAAGAGGACAGGGAAGCAAUCCGCCAGGAAAGAGAACAGCAAGCAGCUAUUCAGCUUGAAAGAGCAAAGUCAAAACCAGUCGCAUUUGCUGUGAAGACGAACGUCAGUUACUGUGGGGCACUGGAUGAAGAUGUUCCUGUACCAAGCACUGCCAUCUCUUUUGAUGCUAAGGAUUUUCUACACAUUAAAGAGAAAUAUAACAAUGACUGGUGGAUAGGAAGAUUAGUGAAAGAAGGCUGUGAGAUUGGCUUCAUCCCAAGCCCACUAAGGCUGGAGAAUAUUCGGAUCCAGCAGGAGCAGAAGAGAGGGCGUUUUCACGGAGGGAAAUCAAGUGGAAAUUCUUCUUCAAGCCUGGGAGAAAUGGUGUCUGGCACAUUUCGAGCUACACCCACCACCACUGCAAAACAGAAACAGAAAGUGACAGAGCACGUGCCUCCCUAUGACGUAGUACCAUCCAUGAGGCCUGUCGUGCUAGUUGGCCCCUCCCUAAAAGGUUACGAGGUGACAGACAUGAUGCAGAAAGCCCUGUUUGACUUCCUGAAGCACAGGUUUGAUGGGAGGAUAUCAAUAACUAGAGUGACAGCUGACAUUUCUCUUGCUAAGAGGUCUGUUCUAAAUAAUCCAAGCAAGAGGGCAAUAAUUGAGCGGUCAAACACAAGGUCCAGUUUAGCGGAAGUACAGAGUGAGAUUGAGCGAAUUUUUGAAUUGGCACGGUCCUUACAACUGGUUGUUUUAGAUGCAGAUACAAUCAAUCACCCAGCACAACUUAUUAAGACAUCCUUAGCUCCGAUUAUUGUCCAUGUUAAAGUGUCAUCUCCAAAGGUCUUGCAGAGACUGAUCAAAUCAAGAGGAAAGUCACAAAGCAAACACUUGAAUGUUCAGUUGGUUGCAGCAGAUAAACUUGCACAAUGUCCACCAGAAAUGUUUGAUGUCAUUCUGGAUGAAAAUCAGCUUGAAGAUGCGUGUGAACACUUGGCAGAAUAUCUUGAGGCCUACUGGCGUGCCACACACACUACCAGUAGCACACCCAUGACACCUUUGCUUGGAAGAAACCUAGGCUCCACUGCACUAUCCCCUUACCCUACUGCAAUCUCUGGAUUACAGAGCCAACGUAUGAGGCAUAGCAACCAUUCUUCGGAGAAUUCUCCAAUUGAACGGCGAAGUCUAAUGACCUCUGAUGAAAACUACCACAAUGAAAGGGCUCGGAAGAGCAGGAACCGAUUGUCUUCCAGUUCCCAACACAGCCGAGAUCAUUAUCCGCUUGUCGAAGAAGAGUACUCCGACUCAUACCAGGACUCAUACAAACCCCAUAGAAACCGAGGAUCCCCUGGAGGAUAUAGCCAUGAUUCCCGACAUAGGCUUUGAGUACAAGGACCUAGGGGGAAAUGGUAUUCAUUAUUUGCCAACUUGCCAUAACAUAGUUAGGCCAAACCAAUCACCUUGAUUUGGCAGAUGGGGCAUGGUUUUACUGUGCUUACAGGCUGCUGCCAUUUAAUGCUAUAAAUGGGGCAAAACAUAGAGAUCAUGCCCUUUAUGCUUAGGAAGAAAUGCGUUUGCUCAGUCACUUAGGUGUGUUUUCUUUCCAGUGUAGCAUUUGAUUUCAAACAGUAUCUUUGCUUUUCAUUAGGUAUUAUUAGACACAUCAAUUUGUAACUUAGGAUACCUGUUGAGGCGCAUAUAAAAUAAUUUCCUGCACUGGAAAUUCCAAAUGACCAGUUCCAGUUGGAACCAAUUUAUAAACCAAUUCCUGUUGGAAUUUGGGAGAAAUUGACUGGAAAGUCAAGCUGAGCAUGUUGCAGUCAGUUAAAAAAUAAUUUAAAAUGAAGAAGAAAAUUACAAAAUCAUUAUAAGCAAAAAUAAAAAUAAAAGCUAGUUCUUGUCUACUGGAAGGUGAAUUUAUAUAUAGAUAUGGUUAGAAUAAGUAAUUUUAAUGUAUUUAUUUCAGACUAACCAAACACAAAACAGUUAAUAGUGCCAAAAAAUAAAACAAAAAACAAAUGAAUGGAGCAGUCAGAACACUUUCCAGUUUAAAUAUCAGUGUUUUUUUUUCUCCCAGCAUAUAUGUCAUGGAAAAACUGUAUUGUGUUGAUACUUCUUUCAUUUGCUAAUUUAAUGACGAUAUAAAAUUAUUUUAUCAACUUGAAAUAAAGUCGGAAUGAAGACAAACACAGCAUUUUUUAAAAGGCUGAAGUGGCCCACACUCCCUGCCUUGAAAAGAUGCUUGUCGUCACAAUUUGCGCCUUCAGAAUUCAUGGGGGUGGUUGCGCAGGAUUCUGCCUGGUGCCUUACUCCCCACCUUUCACAUGUUCUGUGGAAGGUGCAAACUGUGCUGUAGGUGCAUGCAAUUUCAUGCAGGAAGGCUCUUCUGCACAGUUAGAAAGCCUGAAUGGCACGCACGGUAGAACUCUGUUCAUCCCUUUCCCUGGCUAUUUCCUCAGCUCCACCCUGUACUCCUGAAUGGAUUUUGAAGGUGUAAACAGAACUUUUGUCUUCACUUUAGCAGCAGGAAGAUUCCAGAGAUUCCAGUUCAACUGGAUUUGCAAAAGUUUGCAAAUAACAUUAUCUUUUCUUUCACUAGCAGUACUAUCCUCUAUCAGCCACAAGGCUCAUACUUUUCUUAAUGUUCUAUUUUGUCAAAGAAAGAUUGGCCUUGUACUAUUUUUAAGAUGCAUUCAUGCUAGAAUUUAAUCCUGUGCACUAAUAUCUCCAGAAGUAGUAUUGUAUCAUUGUUCCUACCAAAGAGCUUAUCACAUGGUAAUUUAUCAAAAAGAUUUAUCAAAAAGUCAUGGUAGCCUGUUCCAUAUUAAAAGGGAAAUGGACUCUAUGGACUUGGCAGCAGAGCUAUUCCAGCCAGUUGAAGCACUGCAAGAAGAUGUACAUGAGGUGAGAUGUUUUGGUGAGGAUGCCUCUUGGUUGUGAGUGCUUGCCUUCCCAUGCAGUGCCUACACAUGGCAAAUGAUUUUCUUUAUUGUGUUACAAAAUACAAUGUACUGUUCUUCUAGUCUGAAUGCAUCACCUCUCACGUACAGCAAAAAUACUUCAAAAUUGUAUACAUGGAAGUCAUGUCUUUUGUUUUUUCUUCCUGAUUCAAAUCCCUUUGUACUAUGUUACAUAUACAAAAUUCCUGCUUAUGUUGGUGUCCUCGUGCACAUCAGUGUUAAGCAUAGCUCAGUACACACUGCCCUUUGCAUGGACAGGUCUCCUCUUCCUCCUGAAGUGCAGUACUUGUAGUAGCUUCAGUUCAGUACCAGAAAUCCCUCUUCCAUGUGAGGGAAGCUGCUUGAGGAGAUGGAUGCUCACCCACCACCCUUGUUUUUAAAGAUGUAGGAGAAAUGUCUACUGCAGUGCUAGAAAACGAAAAGCAGAAACAUGCAGAUUCUAAAAUAAAUAUGCAAAAUUUAUUGAAGCAAAGGGGCAUUGUUACAAGGAAAGGUGCAACACACCUGCAUCUAGAAGAAAUGUAAAAAUUCCUUAUAGAAAUCACUAUAUAUACCUUGAUAUAGAAAACAACUAGAAAACAAGCUAUAUCAAAAAGAACCACUAUCUUGGGAAAGACUGGGCAUAUUUGUUGAUGUGUAGUUUAGUUUAUUUGAUGGAUUAAGCUGAAAUAAUUUCCAAGAUCAUACUUUACCAUUGGGAAUAGUUCUUCAGGACACCUAAUAAUAAAAUAACAUAAAUUGCUAGAGAGGAUUAUUCAAUUUCUUAAAAACAAACCCCACCUUCCAUCUCUCAGGCACUCAUGAGUGUAUCAAGAAGUUUGGAGUACUUCCCAGUGAGAUACAGUCCUAAAAUGUGGUACACAUGUAGUUCAAAUUUCCCUGAUUGGUAGCGGGGAAAAGUCUGAAUGUAAAAAAUUUAAACAUAUCUCUAAAAAUGGGAGGUGCCACCAUGAUCAAGAUAUUUCAAUACCACUGACAUUUGGCACAUACAUAUGGUGAGGCGUGCUGAUUACUAGAUACAGAGACCAUGAAGAAGACAUUUAUACAUUUAUCCCUACAAAUGGGAUGGGGAAAGGACUACAAGUAUACCUCCAAUUAUAAAGUCACAUUGAGGCAUGAGAAAACUGAUACAUAAUCCAAGCCAUUCAGAUGACUAAUAAUUGACAUUUUCAUAUUUAAUUAUUGAAAUGUAGGGCACAACAUCUGUCUCAUAACAGAGACUUCGAAGAAGAUUCCUGUUUUGUUUUAACAAAGUGCCCCACUGCACAUUGUGGUGCAGGCUGAGUUGUGGAAGCUCUAUUAGAUUUUGAUUUGGGAGAGGAAGAGUUUCCAAUAUCAACAAGGAACAUCCACAUGUACAUGCAUAUACCAGUUUCAUUUGCUAGUCUGUGCGAUAUAAAAGAAAUAUAUACUGCCCUGACAUGUUCACUCACAGAACAUUAAAAGCUGUUACAGAUGGGCAGAAUCCAAUGAGCUGCAUGUUACCCUAGGUACCCUGGUUACUAGAAAAGUCUGAAAAGGACGUUCUUAUAUAUGUCCAUCAAGGCUGAGGACAUGAUGCUUACUUCAGAGUGGAGACCAGCGCUCCAACACAAACUCACAUAUGGGCACAGUAUAACUGGUGGAAAUGCAUUGUCUCGCAUCAGUCUUGGGAGAAUGGAGUGGAUUUUAGUAGCAGCCAAGAACUCUUUCUAAAAAAUGAUUGUUGUAGCUACUGCAAUUGAGUUUACCUAUGGUAUUGCAUAUGGCUUGUAACCUGGCUGGAAUGUCUGGAGAUGCUAUAUUUAUAUGAGCGUUUGCUGACCUGCUUCUGCGUGGAUAGUUGUGGCACUUUUAUGUAUGAACUGAAUCUGUGAAGUAGAGCAAAUUCAUCCCAUAGAAUAUGAACUAUAAAGGAACAUUUGAACUUGCUGUGAAUUUCCAUUCUCGGGUUCUAAGGUGGGGCUGUCUGUAAGUUUGGGAGCAGCCUCCUGAUUGGCAGGCAGGGCUCCAGAUAUAAGCAACACAAAGUGGGAGAGGCAUAGAAGAUGCAGCUUUAGCCCUCAUGUGAAAAGCACAUACAAAAAUCACAAAAAAGCCAUGAGGUAUAAGUGCCCUAACUGACACACAUUAAAGGGGAAAUGCUGGGAAAUCCUACUGGACUCAACCUCAGCAUUGGAUGCUGAGAUGUCCAGCAAAAGCAAAGCAGAGGCUCCUGACUCAAGCAUCUGUCUCUGAUGUUCACAUUCAGAUUUUUACUUCCUUUCAAUCUCAUUCUUACUUUAUUUUUAAGGGGUGGGAACUCCUGAGAAUAUAUAUAUUCACUGUUAAGUUCUUUUUUCCCCCUUUCCCCAGUGGUCCCAGGGUAGAACAGUCUAUUAGUUUCAGAGAAACAGUACAGCCUUGUGGUGGGAUUAUAUUCUCUGAUAUACUAAACACAACCAUUGGGAAGAUACAUCAAUUAACUGCUGCAUUAAAGAAGGUAAAUGUAUUGAUACAAUAGUGCCUACUUCAUGGCCUGCAAUGGCUUUCCUAUUUACCAACCAACUCAAGGCAAGUUCUUGCAUCUGGAAGGUGCAGAAAUUUUCAAGGAAUUAAGUGUAAUGCCUUUCAGUAGGAAAUGAUUCUGGGACAGAUCAAUCAGUCUAAAGUUUCCUAUCCAUAUAGUCACAGAAACCCCAGAAUUCAGCUAAGAUUUCCAGCAGAUAAGAACAAGAUUUAAACUUUCUGGCUCCCUGAGAAAACUAAGCAUCUGUUUCCAGCAUGGGUUUCAGCUCCUGGGUGGCAGUCUAGUGCUGAACACUAGAGGGAGAGGGAUGGGUAGCUGAAGGGAGGGGAGCCACCAACCAUCUCCAUUUUGACUACCUCAAAGGCCAGGCUUCAGCGCUGCCGGUUGCUCCUUGCUGCUUGCGAAUCCAGCACCUCUUGACAGGAAGGGAAGUAGUAGUUGCAGCUUUCCUCUUGCUUGUUUUUGUUUUGUUUUUUAAGGAUCGGAUAGAGACAGGGUUGUCCUUUUUCAUUCUGUUGUACUUGAACUGCUGGGCAAUAGUGUGCUGUCAUUUGUCUUUUGCCACACUUCAUGGUUUCACUCCAUGAAGACAGACAAAGAGUCGCUUUCUCUCAGGAAAAAAUGGAGAGAGAGCUGCCUAUACUCCAUGUAACACUGCAGUAGGGUUUUGGAGGUGUUCUGUAGCUUCUUGCCACGAAAGAAGAGACAUCAGCCUCUUAGGAAGGAAAACGGCUCCUUAUUCUAGAGGUGAAUGCAACCAAGGCCCGUUGCCUCCACUUAUGAGUAACAUCCAUCUUAAGUACUACCAGAACAGGCUGCUGCUGCCUCUGACUCCCCUCUCUGCUGGGACGCAGGAAGUCCCUCCUUGAAGUAUGAACCCUCAAAUCACCAGCCCCAGUUUACCAAACUUACAGAGCCUCAGUGCUCUUCCCACAUUUGUAAGAGGAGGGAAGGCUGUUGCCACUUCGGGAGGAAGAACUGACAACUGCAUGCCUGACUGGCUCUCUGAGUGGGGAAACAGAAGGCUGGAGCAACUCCUAGUAACAUUGCCAAGAGGGAGAACAGUAAGAAAACUAGGAUAGGCUCUAGGAAGUGACUUUUUGGAUAUUACUCACAGCUCCUUCACUGCUAUCUUGGUUUCCAUGGGCUGUAGCUGCUGCUAGGUGCCAUUUUAUGGCUGUCGCAAGCUGACGAACAUGGAGUGGAGUGGUGGCCCCCAAGUUACGAUUGAGGAGAGUGAUCAUGGGGACUGGGCUCUUCCACCACCUUCACAUUGGUGCCCCACUGCUGUGAGGCACCGUGGAACGCCAUGGGAUGCACAUGGUGGUAGGUCAUGGUGGCCGAGCAACCGCUUUGCCCCAUUCCCAGCCAGAUCAGGUGGUGGGGAGGUGAAAGAAAUAUGCAGCUUCCCUUGGUUGGGCACUGGCGGCUUUCCUGCUCUGCUUGAGAGGAGGAGAAACCAAGGAGUGUGCCAGGAACAGAAGGCCCUCUCUGUUCGGCAAUGUGCUUUCCUCAAUGGGACUCUCUGCUCAGACUUUGGGGAUCCAAGCACAGCCAAGCCCCUACCUAAAAGGGGGGAUUUUUUCUACAGGUUAGUAAGUUGCUGAAAUGCAUUUCAAAUAGUGUUACAAAAGCUCUUGUUACCUGCUGGCCAGGCAAGAGCUGUGAGGAGAAGCCCCUCUAGUGUUUCAUGCUAGAACCCUGUUUGCCAACUGAAAAGAGGGGCUUCCCAAGACAUAUAGGCUGCAUUACCCUGGAACCACUGGAGAUUCUAAAGUUUGAACUGUGAAAUUAUAUUAUGAAAGCAUUAUUCACAGUGAGCACAUUCAGAGGGUAUUUUUAAUUUAGGCAGUUUAUUUCAUUUUUAUACCACUCAAUAGUCCAAAGGCAGUUAUGACUAUAGGAUGCUCUGUAAUCUACAUGGUCCUUCCGGGUGAGGUUUUUCUUGCGCUAUCCAUGGGCCUCAAGCCUGCAAUUUUAUGCACCAAUAAAAGGUAUUUUUAAAAACCUGGUUCUAAGAGGAAAAAAUCUCAGGUUGGGGAUGUACUGUUUAGUCCAAGAAGCUUGACUUAGAACUGACUUAGUUUUAACUCCUUGUUCCUCUUUGAGAUAGGUUUUGUGUAGUUUGCUUUUUAAAGUACUGUUGAUGCAACAGUCCUAAACACAUUUACUAGGUAGAAAUCCCAAUAGUAGGUCAUGUGUGGAGUUAACAGCAUAUAGGAUUGCAAAGUUCAAAGUAUCUAAAAAGAGAAAGCAAGCAAGAUAUGCAUUUAAAAAAAAUCUAUAAAUUGAUGUGGACUUGGAAGAUGGGCAGUUGCUACUUCGUAUUACAGUUGCUGUCAAAUACAGAUCUUUUAACCUUAUGUUACCACAUUCUAUAAUGCACUCAUUACUGUAUUUGAUGGGCUAGCUGGGCAAAGAAUCUUAUUUUCGCCUUCAAAAAAUACUGUUGUUUGAAUGUUGGGCAAAUGAGAGAUGUGCUCAACGAAGGUGCUUUUGUUAUGCAAGAUAUCUGGAUCCCUUGUAGCAAUUGAGCAACUCUGCAUUUACUGUACAAAAAAUAUUUUCUGGAAUGGCCCUUUGUGAAAUACGUGCUUACUGGUGAUAACACCCUUAACUGCUAGGAGAAAACGCUAGUAGAAAACAACAACGCACAGCAGUCCUGAUAUGAAUCUAGUAGUUGUGCCUAUAGGAUUUAAAAGGAUAAAACUGGUGAUUUCAGUACUUAGGAUAUAUUGCUGCCUUAUGUCUAAUGACUGCCUUUUCCAUUUUCUGAAAAUUAGAAACCUGCUUUAUUUAUUUAUUUAUUUAUUUAUUUUAAACGGCACAUGUUUGCAAUCAAACUUAAGUAUUACAUUAGCAUGCCUUUUAUCCAGGAUGACUAAAUUAAGGUUGUGGCUGUAACAAUUUAUUUAUUAUUAUAGACUACAUGCUAGAACUUUUAAAAAGGAUUUCUUACAGUAGCACUUUCAAAUCUCCCUACCCCACCUUACUCAUUAGAAAACAGCACUCUUACGAAUGGCCCAUUUAAGAUUAUCAUGUUUUAUCUUAAUACACUGGUAUAUGCAUGAUCCUUUUGAUCACAAAUAUAGCUUAUUCUUUCGUCCUUUUGUGGUAUACAGCAAUUAAAUCCACAAGCCUCCAAUUAACUAUAGUUCCCCGUUUCAUCCAAGCAGGGCAAUUAUGGUUACUAAGUUGAGAACAAGCUAAGAACUUAAACCAAACAAAAGACUUGUGCGUAUGUUAAUUUUUGAAGUCAUGAUUAUGACUAAUCUGAACUAGGCCACAGUGUAGUUAUUCUGUCAAAUUAUGGUCAUGCUUAUGCUAAAUAUGAACAUGAAACUGAUCAACUUCUGAAUUUCAAUAUUUUGUUCAUCAGUUUUUAAACCAGAGAAAGAAUUUCAAGCCAGGGAAAAGUAUUAUUUGUGUUAUAUUUAUUCAAAUUCGAAUAGUAUCAGCACAUAGGAUUCCUGUGUAAUAUUUGUAAAAUUGAAGUAGAGAGUGUUUUGUAAAUUUUGAUUCUGAGCCACUCCCAUUACCAACCCUGAUUUUUCUUGCAUAUUUUUAUGGGUAACAACCAAAAAGUUACAAAACAAUGAGCAAGAUUUUGAGUUCUCCAAAAUUAUUCAUUAAGCUGAAUGCUAAGCAAAACAGAUGGUAAAGGGUUUAGGAAAAAGGCUUUAUUGGUAUUGCAGCCAUAAAGUAUGCACUAAUCUCAAGUUCAUUGUUGUAAUAUUAGAAGAUAUGUGUCUAUGCCAGUUGCAAUGAAACUUGCACUCUGGCAUUUACCACUACACCAUUGAAUAAACUUGGUCUAUCAUUGCAAACUGGUUUGAUAAAUAAUUAUUUCUUUAAAAGAAAAAUCUUGCAGGACUGAUCUUUAGAACUAACUUCUGAAACUCAAAGUACUAAUUUUCUUUCUAUUUAAUUCCUAUGAAUUUCUGGUAGAUAGGUUUUACAAAAAAUGAUUAACUUGUCCUCAGAGUUUGGAACCAAUUAACAAACACAUUUUUGAUGUUUGUCCCCCUUGAGUAAUUUCUUGGUGAGAGAGACUAGAAAUAGAAAUCAUCCAGUUUUCUGUAGAACCCAAAUUUUAGUAUUUCUGGCGUAUACAAGUCUGAGAACCCUGUAUCUAAAGAAUAUAACUUUAAAGCUGCAGUGAAGUUGUCACUUUCCAGAAUGCAGUCUAAAACAUGCUCAGAAAUCAGCAUAUAGCAGAUACUCAGAUAUUUAAAGUGCAGAACACUAUAGGAAAAAAGAUGGUGGGGUAUACAGCUGAAUCCACCAUUAACACGCAUUAACACCAUUAGGAAACUAAUGUUUCCUGGAGCAACCUGAAAAACAUGCUGAUCUAUUUGUUUCCAGAGUGGGGCAUGUCAGAGGUGCUCCCUCCUUCUAAUCCUGGUGGCCUGUUUUAUUCCAGCAAUGAUUAUGUUGGCUCAUUUCGCCACAUAGGCUGCACUAGAUGCUGUCAAGGCACCGCCUGGCUGGAUCAGACCAAAGUCCCACUAAUCCAGCAAUCUGUUUCCAGCAGAGCUCGGAGGCACUCAGAAGCACCUAUGUAUUCGGAGGUACACUGCCCCUGAUCACAGAGGUUCUUUUUCUUUGUCACGGUCAAUAGCCAUUCAUAAACAUGUACUCUGUGAAUUUGUCUCAUUCUCUUUAAGAAGCCAUCUAGCCUAGUGGCUGCUACCACCCACAGAACCGGUGGCCAUGAACUCCAUAAGUUAGUUACACACUGUAACUGGAGCACACCAAAUAAGUGUGGACAUCAUUGCAGCUUCAGUGAGUUUUGCCUGAGUGGCUGCUGCAGGACUGGGCACUAGAAUGGCAGCAUGACCUGCCAUUUCUACAUAUAUUUUAUGCUAUAUCCCAAGAAAGCAUUUUAUGAUACUCUUUAUGUCUUGAUUCUGUGUGCUACAUAUUCAUCUGCAUGAAAGAGAAGGCAUUAGGAAAAACAUUUCUUACGAGUUUUACAAGUUCCUUUUCUAUCCUCAUUAGCGUAUUAAUUACCGUGAAUGCACUAAAAUCUAUAAAUCUAGACUAGAAAGUUCUUUAUCUUUAUUCUCUGGUAGCACUAUUGACCAGAUCAUUUAUCUGCUUGAAGGUAUUUGCAUUUUAUGGUGGAUAGCAACAAUAGCCCUCCACAUAUUGCCUUUGCAAAUAAGACUAUGCUUUUAGCAUUUCAUAAGGAAAAUAAUUAGUUCUAAAGCCUUUUGGAACAUUAUUUUUUUUAAGUCUUCCUUGACAAUCAAUAAAAGGGAAAGAUCCACACUAAGAAUCCUCAUAACGUCAUUAUUGUUUCAAGUGGCAAAUGUAUUCUUACAUACUGGUCUUAAGAUAAUUAUCUUUUAAUGGAGUCCUCUUGUCCUCUUCUGGGCAGGCGCGAUUUGAACAGUGCCAAUUUCAGUUUUAUUUGCUAGUGCCUGCAACUGGUCCAUAUUCUGCGAAUGCCUAUACAAGAAAUAAGUGAUAAAACUCAUAGUUUCCUUUAUACAUAGCAGGGAAAAACACCAAAAAGAAAAAAGUUUACACUGGGCUUGAUUUAGUAUAUUGUGGGUCCAGAAGACCCCACACUUAUUCUAUCUUUGCUCAGUCUUUUCAUUUGGUCAAGGAGUUCUGAGACAAUGUUCCCUGAGUGAGCACAGGUGAGAUGGCUGGUCAGAGAUGAAGAAGAUACACACAGACCCCUCAUUUCUUGCGUUGGCCGUGUGUGCUGCUUCUACAUGGUAGACCAGAGUGAGUCCACAGUACGUAAUAGCACAGUUUUGGAUUAAGAGAAUGCCUUCCCCCCUCCUCUUUUUAAAAUGCACUAUAUUAAAAAAAUAAAACUAUGACUGAGUCAGCCUAUUUAAACUUUAGAAACCUACAUUAGUUGUACAACAUUGCCCAGCCAUCUCAUCCUUUGUUAGGCACUGGUUUUCUGUAAAGUUAGUGUAGCCCUGAAUAAAUAAGGCUAUGACUGCAAUUCUAUGCACACUUAACUUGGGAAUCAGCCCAAUUGAAUGUAGGGCUUACUUCCAUGUAAACUUGCAUAGGAUUGGGACUGCAUGACUGAUUUUCUAGUCUUAUAAAUAUAAGUCAUUACCAUAGUAUUACUAUGCUUCUUAUAUUGAUCGGGUUCCUAAAAUGUUACGUAUAGCCUAUAUACAAGUAUUGCAGAAUGUUUAAGAAUGCGUCUCUUUGUUUCCUUUGUAAGACAUUUGGGGGUUGGCUAUCAAUUAUUUGAUAAAAACUGUCUUGUUAUUAUUGCCUUAGCGUACAUCUACACACAUUUUUAAAGUGGUCGGAAGUGCAUUGGCUGCACUCUUGAUCCAACAGAACCCUCGCCACUCUAAUAACUGAACGAGUAUUUAAAAGUUCUCUUCUUUGUUACAUGGAUUGUUUCCCUCUGCCUUGAUCGCUUUGCCAAAUUGUAUUUUAAAGAACUGAUUGUUAGAUUCUUUUGCAACUUGUGUAGUUAAAGGUUUUUCUCAUGGCAUGUACACUUAAGAACUGGAUAAUGUUUUGGAUCCAUACCGUUUAUUAAAAUAAACUCUGCAGAAAAAGAACGUA